UCAAUCAUCACUCGAACCCGACCCAUGGCCCAUUGCCGUUGGACUUUGUAUCGAUAGCCAUGGACGGCCUCUCGCAAAAUCAUCGUCUUCUUCGGAUUUGUCACCGGUCAAAUCCUCCUGUCUUAGUUUGUGCGUGUUUCUUCGUACGGUCUCUUCCCCUCCUCUUGUCCUUUCAGGUGUUCACGAAAGUUUGUUAAAAAACAAUCAAAACAUCAUGGGUGUGAAACAAGUAUUAAAGAACCUUGAUGCGUUUCCGCGUGCAGAAGAGCAUUUAUUGCAGAAAACACAGUCUGGUGCUGUUGUUUCGAUUGCAGGUUUGUUCAUAAUGGCAACAUUAUUCUUGCAUGAGCUGACAUACUACAUAUCUACAUAUACAGUUCAUGAGAUGGCUGUUGACCUGAAACGUGGAGAAACCCUACCAAUCCAUAUAAACAUGUCAUUCCCUGCUUUACCCUGUCAAGUUUUGAGUGUAGAUGCCAUUGAUAUGUCUGGCAAACAUGAAGUGGAUUUAGAUACAAAUAUAUGGAAGCUUCGAUUGAAUAAAGAAGGGAUGAUUAUCGGGACAGAGUAUCUAUCGGAUCUAGUAGAAAAGGGACAUACAACACAUAAUCAUGGAAAUGAAACACAUCAUCAUGAAAAACCUCAUCUGGAUAGAUUCGAUGAUGAGGCCGAAAACAUGAUCAAAAAGGUCAAGCAAGCAAUUCAUGAUGGAGAAGGAUGUCGGGUUUAUGGGACGUUGGAUGUUCAAAGAGUUGCUGGAAACUUCCAUAUUUCAGUUCAUGGUUUGAACAUUUUUGUAGCACAGAUGAUCUUUGAAGGAGCUAGCCAUGUGAAUGUGAGCCAUGUGAUUCAUGAUUUGUCUUUUGGGCCAAAGUAUCCAGGGCUUCAUAAUCCUCUAGACGAGACUCAUAGAAUACUCCCUGGUGCUAGUGGAACUUUUAAAUAUUACAUAAAGAUUGUUCCAACCGAGUAUAAAUACAUAUCAAAAGAAGUGUUGCCUACCAAUCAGUUCUCUGUUACCGAGUACUUCUCUCCAAUGAAUGAAUAUGACAGGACAUGGCCAGCUGUUUACUUUUUAUAUGAUCUCUCUCCAAUUACGGUUACCAUCAAAGAAGAAAGACGCAGUUUUCUACAUUUCAUUACUCGUUUAUGUGCAGUCCUUGGUGGCACAUUUGCUUUAACAGGAAUGCUUGAUCGAUGGAUGUAUAGAUUGUUGGAGGCAGUGACAAAACCACAAGCCAGACGUUCAAUGCGGUAAAAAAAUGAAGCACAUCACAUCACAGAUAAUGUGUUUGUCAUUUUGCUUUUUAUCAUAUUUAGAACUUGGUAUCCUUUUGUCAACCCAUAUUUUUGUUGGUAAUUGUAUUAUUUAACUACAGUCAAUUGGUUUAACCAUAGUAACAUUUUUUAUUUGUGGUUGGUUAUUA